AUGGAACCCGCCGACCCGCCCACCUUCCGCGCACAAUACGCGCGCCGCCUCGUGCGCGAAAAGCUCUUUGAGGAGCUUAGCCGCCGGCACGCCGCGUACGGCACGGAGCCGGGGUGCGCGCCUCCUCCCGGCCCGCCCCUGCUCGGCGGCGGCCCGCAGACUCAGCCGCCGCAUCAUCCUUCUGAGUUUUGUAUCGUUGGCGCGGGCAUGGCGGGGCUCUAUGCAGCUAUGGUGCUGGAUGAGGCCGGGGUGAGCUAUGAUUUGCUGGAAAGUGCGGGGAGGGUGGGCGGGAGGGUCUUCACCAAGAGGCUCGGUGACGGGAAGAAUGAGUACUAUGAUGUCGGCGCUAUGCGGUUUCCGAAGAUUAAGGUUAUGCAGAAGACGUUCGAGCUCUUUGCCGAACUCGAGAUCCCGCUCGUCGACUAUUACCUCGCCGGCGAGAACUGUCCCGUCAUGUACAACGACAUCGUGGGGCCGCCCGAGAACCCGCACGAGACGGAUCCGUACCGGAUCAGCCAGGAGAAUGGCGGGGUGAUUCCUGAUGAGGCGGUUAAGGAUGGUGCCGAGAUGAUCCUCUCGGAGGCCUUCGGCCCCCUGAAGGAGGCCCUCAGGGAGGACUUCGAACAGGGCUUCCAGAUGCUCAUGGAGCUGGAUAGUUUCUCGACCAGGGAGUUUUUGCGGUCGCGGUUGUAUGGCGACUCCGGGCUCGACUUCCAUACCGUCCAGUGGUUGGAGACGGUCAGCACCUCGUCGGGGCUGUUCGACCAGUCCUUUAGCGAGACGGUGAUCGACUCGCUGGACUUUGACGAGUCCCCCGACGAAGCGUGGAAGUGUGUCGAAGGCGGCACGUCCGUCGUGACCGAGGCCAUGCUGGCCAAGAUCAAGACGAAGCCUGAGCUGAACACACGCGUCACAGGCAUCGCACUCGGCCGCGGCGCCAAGGAGAGCGACACCAAGAUGCUGGUGACGCUCACCAACGCUUCCGGAGCGGAAGAGACCCGUGAAUAUGACACCGUCUUCAACACCACGACGCUCGCCUGCGCGCAGCGCAUAGACCUCACUGGGGCCGAGCUGCACCCGGCGCAAAAAGACGCCCUGCGCGCACUGCACUACGACGCCAGCGCCAAAGUCGCGAUCAAGUUCAAAACGCCGUGGUGGAUCACACAGUGCGGGAUCACCGAGGGCGGUGUGGCGUCUACGGACCUACCACUUCGCACCUGCGUCUACCCCUCGUUCAGCAUCCACGACCCAGUGGACGCGCCCUCCGUGCUCCUAGCCUCAUACACGUGGGCGCAGGACGCACAGCGCAUCAGCGCGCUGAUCACGCCGGACUCGCCCAGCGGCGAGGAGGCGCUCAAGGACCUGCUGCUCCGCGACUUGGCGCGGCUGCACGCGCGCCACGACAUCACGCUCGACUUUCUGCGCGACCAGUACGUGACGCACCACGCGUACUCGUGGUACGCGGACCCGAACACCGCCGGCGCGUUCGCGCUGUUCGGCCCGGGGCAGUUCAGUAACUUCUAUCCGUUCCUGGCGCGGCCUGCUGCCGACGGGAAGCUGCACUUUGUUGGAGAGGCGAGUUCCGCGCAUCAUGCGUGGAUCGUGGGUGCAUUGGAUAGUGCGCAGAGAGCGGUCAUGUAUGCCCUCCUGAGGUUUGGCUUGAGGGAGGAGGCUGAGGAGAUCGAGACUAGGUGGGGACCCGUUGGGGAGGUCGAGCUGGCGAAGGAUGGGACCGCGCAUUUGCAGGUCGCUAUGGGAUGUUUGAGAACCGAGGAGAUUAUGAGGUGCGCGUAGAGGGUGGAAAUAGAUAUAGGUGCUGCAGAGGGAAUAUAAAAUGCGUAU